GCUAACUCAAACUUAGAGGCUAUGCCAUUACUCUUCUGGUAUACAUGUCGGACGGCUUUGAAACGAAACGGCGGAUCCAAGCGACAGACCCGUCCCAGACGAGUACAGGAAUUACAAGCCGAGGCGCCCGCGCGAGUGGUGCAUCGAAUAUGACGAACCCGACAACGUUCACAUCCUCGUCCGAUUCUCAUGGCAGGCUGUGGGGCAAGAGGCCCUUAGCGUUCAGCGCUGCGGGGAAAGGACAACAAACGGACAGGGACAUCGGCGGGCUAAGGAGAUUCAUCCAGCCUACUGGACAGGAGGACGAGAUUGACGGCGAGUGUGGCCUGAUGGGGGAGGGAUGGGAUGAGAACACGACAGAGGAGAGGAGGACGGGUAUGGCUGCGAGGUGA